UUCCGCAUGAUGGUGGACGUCGAGGAUGAAAAGUUUACGCUUCGAAUAGAGGCAUUGGAAGUUGCUAAAGAGGUCGCAUAUGCCGUUGAUUAUGUUGAAAUAGCAAAAGAUCUUCCCAAUGGUGACAAAGUAAUUCAUCUAAACCUUAGGACACAAGAGGAACAGGAGUUCAGCGUAGAGCUUACAGACCAAGGCUUCAGGGUUGUAGGCAACAAAUUUAACAUGGUGGAUGAAAAUGCUAGUUCCCAGUACUUUGAGACCAUAUAUGCUCUUUUGGAUAACCACAGUCCAAAGUAUAGGAAAUCGUUUGGAGACGCCCUUCUGCGAAAGCUGGAAAACCUGCAGAUGUCUCAGAAGGAAUCUGAUCAUAAUGAGAAUACAGUGAGAAAUGAGGAUCCUUCUCACUGCUCAUAACAGGAUGUUGCUGUUAGACUACAGAUAAGCUGAGGCUAUGUUGGUGAGAUAAACCCAAUUACAUCAUGGUUGUACUCUUUGGUGCUGGAACUACUAAUGCCAAUUUUAACGUCUUUCAUUGUUGUAGUAUAAUAGAAUAUUCACAUCUGAGGACUCCGUCAUCACAGCUCUUGUGUAGAAAUACAGCACAGCUGUGUCCAAAGACUUGCAGCAUAGCUCUUUUAUGGCAGGACUUUCAGCACAGAUCCUAUAUGACAAGCCUUACAGCACUGCUCCUGUGUGGUUAGAAUUACAACAUUGCUCCUGCAUAGCUACUGUGGUGUGACACUUACAGCAUAGCUCUGAUGUGGUUAUACUUUAAACACAGCUCCUGUGUAGGGACAUCUACAGCACAGCUCCUGUGUAGGGACAUCUG